AAUGAGUCAGGAGCCGGAAAUUGCCAAAGAUGCUGUCCUUAAGAGGAGUGAGGCCAUACCUGAGGGAACGGCUCAAGUAAAGGGUUAUGAUUUCAAUGAUGGAAUUAAUUAUAGUAAAUUGUUUGAGUCCUAUGUUAAUACCGGUUUCCAGGCCACUAAUUUAGGUUUGGCCAUAAAAGAAAUUAAUAAAAUGUUAGACUGUAGAUCCCAACCCCUGACGGAAGAUGAGCAAGAUAUUCACGAAACAGACGAAUUUAUUAAACGUAAACACAAGUGUACCAUAUUUUUGGGAUUUACUUCCAAUUUGGUAUCAUCUGGAAUGAGAGAAACGCUGAGGUUUUUAGUGGAACACAAUAUGGUAGAUUGUAUUGUGGCGACAGCGGGCGGUGUAGAAGAGGAUUUUAUUAAAUGUUUAGCACCAACGUUUAUGGGUUCAUUUGAAUUGUCUGGCCGAGAUUUAAGAGAUCGGGGUAUCAACCGUAUUGGAAAUUUAUUAGUACCCAAUGAUAACUAUUGUAAGUUUGAAGAUUGGCUUAUGCCUUUACUGGAUGAAAUGUUGGAAGAACAGAAGACACAGGGUACUGUGUGGUCACCAUCACGUAUAAUUAAUCGCUUAGGAGAAAGAAUAAAUGAUCCAUCAUCGAUAUACUAUUGGGCUGCAAAAAAUAAAAUUCCUGUAUUCUGUCCCGCCCUAACAGAUGGCAGUCUAGGCGAUAUGAUGUACUUUCAUUCAUUUCGUAAUCCCGGCUUAAUUGUUGACAUUUUAUCCGAUUUAAGAAGACUCAAUACAAUGGCGGUAAAGGCAAAAAAUUCUGGCAUGAUUAUAGUAGGCGGUGGUGUUAUAAAGCAUCAUAUUUGUAAUGCAAAUCUGAUGCGUAACGGUGCCGAUUUUUCUGUAUUCAUAAAUACAGCAUCAGAGUUCGAUGGAAGUGAUAGUGGUGCCCGCCCUGAUGAGGCUAUAUCUUGGGGUAAAAUUCGUAAAGAUGCCAGUCCGGUAAAAGUGUAUGCAGAAGCUAGUUUGGUAUUUCCAAUAAUAGUCGCAGAAACCUUUGCCAAACGAAAAUUUAAUACAAGCAAAUGAUUUUUACG